UAUAAAAGCCUCCGGGCCCGGGCAGGCAGGGCGAGGUGAGCGGCGGCGGUUCUCCUGGCUGAGGCGCGGCAGCGGCGCUGCCUCUGCGCGGAUCGGCGGAGCAUGGAGGGCGAACGGGUGUGCUGCGGCUGCCCGCCCUUGGCGGCGCUGCCCUCCCGCAGCUGCUCCAAGGGCCCGCACGGGUCUGCGCCCUUCUGGAGACCCUGGGUGCCCGCGCAGGGCGAGGCGGGCCGGCGGCCCGGCACCGGGCCCGCUGUGGCUCACAGCCCCUGCGGGCUGGCGGAAGCCUCCCGAAAGCUGGCGCAGUACACGCACCCCGUCAGACUAUUUUGGCCCAAAUCAAGGUGCUAUGAUUACUUAUAUCAGGAAGCUGAAGCACUUCUGAAAAACUUUCCAGUUCAAGCUACAAUUUCCUUUUAUGAAGACUCAGAUAGUGAAGAGGAGGAUGAUGAACUAGAACAAGAUUCAAGAAUGGAAUCGGAUUGCUGAUUGCAAGAAAGGCCAAGGCUACUUCCAAGACAUCUUAAUUUAAACAUAAUAUAAAAAUGUAUUAUAGUAUUUUUAAAGAUAAUUUAUUUGUAUGUAAGUUAUUCUUAAUAAAACCAAAAUGUUUUGUAA